UCGAAUGUUCGUUAGCGAGCGUGUCCCGUUACGUUUCAUUCGUCAUUACCGCCAUUACGGUGUAAUACUCGAAUCGAUCGGGGGCGAGAGGUCUAUAGAUAUAACGAUUAAACGAUACUCCUCUCGCGAAACGAACGGGUACAAAAGUCGAUAUCGCAUCGUCGCAAGUAAUAAGUCGAUAGCUGAUCGCGCGGGGGCCAUCGUUGCCUUUCGACGCGAGGGAUUGAAUUGAACUUCGAUAGCCGCGAAAAAGAGUGUGGAACUGAACGACGUCGGUCCUGAAGUGUAUGUGUAUUGUGUAUACGUGGGGAGAAAUUAGAUAUAUCGGAGCGGUGCGUUCGCGGUAAAACUCUUCGCAGUUCGCAGUUCGCACAGCGCACUCGCGUCUGCUCGCGUCUGCUCGCGUCGCCGGCGCGGCGAAGCGACCGACGCGCGACGCGCGAUGCUCGUGCGGCGAUGCCUUCUUCCAUAGUUCGCAGUCUGCACGCGAGACACGCGAGACGCGAUAUGAAUUGUAUUCAGGAUUUUAUCCCGAUUGAUUGAUUGUACUUAAUAGGAUUAUUGGGAAUAUUGGGUGAGCGAUUAUUGGAGUUUUCGUCGGUGGACACUCGCUCUCAAUUCUCGGCUCUCCUGCCAUAGACCAUAAAACGAUACUACCUACAUGCCUACAUCGGUGAUUGCAGGUGAUCGCAUGUCGAACGUACUUAAGUGUACGGCAUGGAGAAUAACAAACAAACAUUGGUGAAUAACCCGGCGGCGAAGCCAGGUACGUCAGACGACAACAAGGAUGAUAUACAAAUGGUACUGGCGAAAAUGAUGGAGGAGAAGCACACGUAUACGUAUAAGAAAUUGGUGGUGCCGCCGUCGAUGCGAAGUAUUUAUUGGAAAUUCUUUGGAUUUCCAGCUACCGACGACGGCGACAUUCUCACCAAGGUAAAGAUUGUUUGUAUACUGUGCAAGACACAGAUCGCCUACAAUCGUAAUACCAGCAACCUACGCAUGCAUCUGCAAAACAAGCACGCUCAGGAACUGAGGGACCUCGAAUCCUCCAAUCUGCCGACUACAAAACAGAUCCUCUCGCUGGACAACAAGGAGCGAAAGAUGCAGAAGAAGCUGCUCAAGGGCCUAAGCCCUGCUAAAUAUAUCUAUACCACUAACGCAGAUGGUACUGUUCAGAUAGAUGGUGAUAUACAAUUUGUUACAGAUCCUAACAUAAGUCUGUCAAACAUAGAGGAUGAUAUCACUAUUGGUCAACCAUUGAGAGUAAUGAUCAAGGGUGGUUCUGGUAUUAACAGUAACGGCCAGAAUGUAGCGUUUCUCAUGGAGGAGAAUGUCAAUCAGUCGGUUGAUGUAAAAACUGUAUCAGAAGCUAUUGCGGACUUUCUAAUUAUGGAUUUGCAAUUGCCUGAAAUCGUAGAGGGACGUGGCUUCCAAAGACUAGUGGCAACUCUACGCUCACCUUGCGAGAUCCCCAGCAAGAACAAGCUGGAAGAAGAGAUAAUACCUGGAAUAUAUGAUACCUUUCGGGAAUCAGUGAGAACUUCCUUGUCCUAUAUCGCCUCCGAAUUGGCAUUGACCAUUGAGGAGUGGCAGUCCAAUAACAAUGAGAAUUUCGUUACUAUGUCGGUUUAUUAUCAAAAUGAUGAAGAGGCUACUUUAGAAUGUAAGAUUUUAAGCACUUUUCACGCACCGUUAGAUUGGGAGGAAUCCAAUUGGGGAACUGUUAUAGAGUCUCUCUUACGUGAAUGGGAGCUUAAAGUAGAGAAAAUAACAGCAGUGGUUGUUAGUACUUCAAAAACAAAUUUGCUCACGGCGCUGACUAAUCGUGGCUUCACUGUGGUGCCAUGCUUGCUUCAUACUCUGCAAAUGUGCGCGCAGGCUUGUUUCGAGAGUCCUGAAGUAUCUCAAACGUUAGCCAAAUGCAGAUCGGUUAUUGGUGCUAUCAUAAGUAAUCCACGUGCACUUGAAACCUUGACUAUGCAAGAACAAUUGUCAGAGUUGGAUGAAAAUACCAUAUUCCUAGAUUAUCCAGCCAUAUGGAUAUCUACGUACACGAUGCUGGAACAAAUAAUUGCGCGUCGUAACAUGAUUGUCUCUAUACUAGAAAGUACCGAUGGGAUAAAUCAUGAAAUGUUCGAAAUAUCCAAUGAACAGUGGAAAAUUAUGGAAGAUAUUGUCAAUGUUCUCGCGCCGUUCAAAGUUACCAUUAUGACAUUGAGCGAAGAAAAAAUGCCUCUAAUAUCCCUAUUGAAACCAUUACUCUGGCAACUUGUAUCUUCGCAUCUUAAAGUGAAAGAAUCAGAUAGUAACACAGCUAAGACUUUUAAAGAAUCCUUGUCGGAUAUGUUGUUCGAACGAUAUGCAGAUUACAAUGUCACGUUGUUUCUACAAAUUGCAACUACUUUGGAUCCCAGAUUUAAAACAAUGCCAUAUGUCACUGAAGAAGAUAAAAGUGUAGUUAGCACACCUAUAAAGGAAAGAUUGACGAAAUUGAUUCAAGAAGAAUCUGGGGAUGUUUCGAUAAAAAACGAAGAUGAGACAGUACCAAGUAAAAAAACUAAAGUCUCAGGUAUGGAAUUCUUACUUGGUGGCCUAUGCACUACAAAGGCCGGUAUGCCCGCGGAGGAAAAAGCUGAUCUCGAAAUUGUUCAAUAUCAGUCGGAACCUACAGCGCCUCUCGAUUAUUGUCCGCUGCAAUGGUGGUCGAAGGUGUCAGCGAAAUGUCCGAAUCUGGCAAAGUUAGUGAGCAGAUAUCAUUGUGUGCCCGCUUGUUGCGCACCACCUUCACGCAUUCCGCCAGACGUGCAGAUUCAAUAUGACACAAAGCGGGCAACUUUGCCGCCUCAUCUGAUUGACAAACUACUCUUUUUACAUGGUAAUCAUACCAUGCAGAUGUAAAAAAAGUUUUUAAGCCUGCAAGAUGCUGCCUGAAAAAUAUCUCGCUGUGGUAUACAGGAUAUUUUCACGAACAAUAUAUCAAAUUUACUUGCAAUAAUUUAGUCCAAAGUGACAUACAUGUGCAAGUAAAUUCUUUGUAUAACUUUCUCUAACUCUGUAUACAAUGUAAGUAUUAUGUAAGUAUUUAAGAUACAAAAAAUGUCAAUUUUGUUUUUAUUUUUAUUGAAUAUGACAUUUUCCUAAGAUUCGAUAUAAAAAUUAUUAGUCAUUAUCUAAUAAGUGAAAUACGAGGUUAAGGCUCCUAAGAGUAGUCACUCCAGCCAUAUUAAAUCAUGAGCGAGAAAUAACGUGUUGAUUUUUCUUGCAUAUCAUUUGUGAAUAAAAAAAUAUUAUUCAUUACAUGAAAUGAAAAAUGAGAUCGCUUUAAAACCAUUGUAAAAAUGGACGAAGACUCUUCUUAUUUCCCCUGAUAGUUAAUAGUCGAAAAAAGCUCGUGAAGUGAAAAUAGGCUACGCAUUGAGUAAAAACUAGUAAACGCGUUUACGUGCCUUUACGAUUAUUUACAACAUUUAUAGUAUUAUCAAAGAUAGUUUUCGUCCAUUUUUACAAGUGAUUUAAAGCGAUCUCAUCAUUUCAUUUCAUCCAAAUUCUCUUUAUUUAAUUAAAUGACAUGCAAGAAAAAUCAACGUGCCGCUUAUAACACAUUUCUGGCUUAUGACAUGAUUCAAUAUAGCUGGAGUGAGUACUUAAAAGCCGUAAAAUGCGUUUCGAGUAACGUAUCAUGCAAUAUUUGUCUCUAUUGUUCAUCGAAUAAUAAAGAAAGAUAAAAUAAUACAUUAUGCACUUCAUGCAUAACUCGGAACGUACCUAAUGUAAUAGUUUUAUAAGGCGAGAGUUAAGAGAGUUUUUGCAUAAUUUAAUUUUUAAUUUAUAAUUAGAA